AUGGGCGAUGGGUCCCCCAUGGGUCCCCCGGCCAGGGUGCCCCAGAGCAUGAAGCCGCCGCGGGUGGCCGGGGUACCCCAGAGCACAGAGCUGCCGCGGGCGGCCAGGAUGUCCCAGAGCUCCAAGACACUGCGGGUGGUGGAGGGACACUGCGGCUCCGAGCCAGGCUCCCCUGGAUGUGUUCUUGCAGCUGCCUACACAAAGACCUUUACUCAGGCUUACAUGUGUGCAGCUUACAUCCCCAGAGCACAGAAGAGAGAAAACCAGAACCUGGAAGUGCAGAAGACAAAUUCCUCUGGCACAAUGAGCUCUGCCAUUCCCGUGCGGGAUUCCACUGUCGAGAGGGCCACAAGAAGUUUUCAUAAUGAAAAACAAACCCUGGUUUCAGAACAAGAAGUUGAUGUUGUGAAAACCGUGGUCAAUGGGCUGAUAUCAAGCAGCAAUGGACAAGAGCAAGCCAUUGACGUCCCUUUAUGUGCACGCUCUAUUUCUGCUGUUAAAAUAAUCCCCGUGAAGAAAGUGAAAAGUUCUCCUGACCUAAUGCUACCUACAGACAAGGAUCCCACUAAAGUCUGCACUGGAAAAGGAACCGUGACCCUACGGGCAUCUCUAGCCUCUGAGGAAAGGCCAAGUAUCAGUCCCCCAUGUUCUCAGGAUGUCCAGCAGUCAGAAACACACAUAGCUCUGGAUACAGGAAAACCAGAAACAGAUGAUUGGAGGUUAUCCUCUAAUGGAGAUAUCCAGCCAUCUUCUCUGGCUGCCAAGGGCUAUAGAAGUGUGCGUCCCAACCUCUCCUCAGAGGGCAAACCACAGGCCCUUUCCCCUCCCCGUCCUCCUCUUCCAAAAGAGGAGAGCUUUGCAUGGCACCCUCGCUCUGACAUGAAAGUAACCAAGCUGUUGCCAGUGCCCAUAAUGGACUGUGUGUACCUGAAUGCACCCAAACCUUAUACACAGCGUGUGUCACUGAGCUGCAGCAGUCAGUGUUACUCCUCAUCACCUGCACCCUUUGUGACAGUACCCAGUGGGAAGCCAUGCUUUUCCGCAGGGCGUCCCCAAUCAGCCAACUUGAUUCCCAAGGACGUGGUGCAUGCUGGGCAAUCACUUUCGGGAAGUAGUUCCUUGUUAUCAGACACUUCAUCCAAACAUCAAAACCCUGCCAGGGCAGAUCCUAGUAGUGAAGCUGGAAUGAAUUCCACGUAUGGGACUAAAGCGGAUAAAAAGGUCAGCAGUCUAUAUGUGGCUUGUUUAUCUAACAGCACUUGCUCAGCUGCAUCUGAAAAUUCCACCAGCAUUGCACAUGACCAAACAGAGAGCCCCUGUUUGGGAACUGAGGUCACUCAAGCACCAGCCACCAACAUUGUUUCCUCUGUAACAGAUACUGGAAAAUCUCUUCCUCCUCCUCCUCCUGUCCCUCCCAGGCCAUACUUUAACAUUGUCCUCAGUAAAGACGCAGUUAGCUAUGGUACAAGCCAUUCCUCCAGGACUCAGUCUCCACCUCCUCAGGCUGUGUGGGACAAAGUGCUAGAGCCCCAGAGUACGGCUGGCAGUGGGGACAGGAUGAGAAAGGAACCUUACCUUACUCAGCAGCAGCAGCAGCAUCCGUACAAGGUGAAGGGACGCAGCAUGGAUGCCAUUUCUACCACCACAGCUCAGCCUGAGAUUAUAGUAGUCCCAUUCCUCCAGGUUAACACAGACAGAGAGCAAGAAGGCAGCUCCAGCACUCCGCCACCGCCUUUGGUACCUUUGGGGCAAGGUGCCAUGUUCCCUGAGACUGUUCCUACUGGCUCACCUCUGACUUUUCCGACACUAGACGAUUUCAUUCCCCCUCACCUCCAGAGGGGUCCCCACCAUCACCAUCUGCCCUCCUCACCUGGCAUCUUGCCCCCAGUUUGCCCGAAACUGCCAUCAUUCUCACCGCCACCUCCACUGGUGCCUCCUGUCCCGGAGGCUUUGCACAGAGUCUUGGAGCCUGAAAUCACUGGAGUCCUCUCACGUACAGAUCCAUGUCCUGUGCUAAAUGAAGUCUCCCCGCCUCGCAUUGGCACCGAAUACCAAUCCUCCUUAAUGUCGAUCAGCAAGCCUUCCUCCACCUAUCCCUCAACCACAAUUGUCAACCCUACCAUCGUCCUCUUGCAGCACAACAGAGAACAGCAAAAGCGGCUUAGUAGCCUGGCAGAUUCCCUGCCAGACAGACCAGUUGCUGAUAAAGUAGGCGCUGUGUCUGCACAGGAAAAGCCAGCUCAGGAUAGUGCUCAAAGGGAGAAGCCAGCAAUGGAUGAGAAGAGAAGAGCUGUCAGGAGUCCCCAGUAUAUGGCUGAUGUCUCCGUGGAUGAUGUAGGCAUUCCACUGAGGAACACAGACCGAUCAAAGGACUGGUACAAGACAAUGUUCAAACAGAUCCACAGGUUAACUAAAGAAACUCCCGAAGAAAACCCUUAUUGCCCUACCUACAAAUUCCCUGAACUUCCUGAAAUCCAGCAAACACCCGAAGAAGACAAUCCUUACUGUCCUACAUACCAGUUUCCUGCGUCUACUCCUAGUCCUAAAUCUGAAGAUGAAGAUUCUGAUUCUUACUCUCCUCAUUAUUCCUAUUCUGAAGAUACAAGAACCCAGCCCUCAGUGCCCCGGUCCAAGAGUGAGAUGGACAACAUUGACCCUGACAAGGUUGUUAAGAGAUCUGCUACUCUGCCACUUCCAACUCGUACUUCAUCACUGAAAUCUAGCCCAGAAAGGAAUGAUUGGGAACCCCCAGACAAGAAGGUGGAUACCAGAAAAUAUCGGGCAGAGCCAAAGAGCAUUUACGACUACCAGCCAGGAAAGUCCUCUGUUUUGGACAAUGAAAAGAUGACUCGGGAUAUAAGCCCAGAAGAGAUAGAUUUAAAGAAUGAACCUUGGUAUAAAUUCUUUUCGGAAUUGGAGUUUGGGAAACCGCCUCCAAAAAAGAUAUGGGAUUAUACUCCUGGAGAUUGCUCUAUACUUACUAGGGAGGAUAGAAAGACUGAUCUAGAAAAAGACAUUUACCUCUACCAGACUGAGUUAGAGGCAGAUUUAGAACAAAUGGAGAAGCUUUAUAAAGCGCCAGAUAAAAAGCCACCGAAGAGUACAGCAAGCAGCACUCCUCUGGAAACAUCUUCAGACCACUCAUCCUACUCAGCCUAUUUACCCAGCUACCAGGCAGCAAGGAGAGAGCUGGAACCAGCACCAGCGGACCCUGCUGGCUUGGAGAAUGAAAGGCAGAUUUACAAAAGUGUGCUGGAAGGUGGCGAUAUCCCGCUGCAGGGGCUAAGCGGUCUCAAGCGUCCUUCUAGCUCUGCUUCCACUAAAGAUUCAGAAUCACCAAGGCAUUUUGCACCAGUUGAUUACAUGGAAACUCCAGAAGAAAUUACUCGUAGACGUCAUGAUGAUAAAGAGAAACUUUUAGAGGACCAGAGACGACUUAAACGUGAGCAAGAAGAAGCUGAUAUUGCAGCUAGAAGGCACACAGGGGUUAUUCCAACCCACCAUCAGUUUAUCACUAAUGAGCGGUUUGGGGACCUCCUAAAUGUAGACGAUACAGCAAAGAGGAAAUCUGGGUCAGAGAUGAGACUUGCUAGAGCCAAGUUUGACUUCAAAGCACAGACAUUAAAGGAGCUUCCUCUGCAAAAAGGAGACAUCGUUUACAUUUACAAGCAGAUUGACCAGAACUGGUAUGAAGGAGAACACCAUGGCAGAGUUGGCAUCUUCCCACACUCCUACAUAGAGCUACUUCCGCCUGCUGAAAAAGCCCAGCCCCAAAAGCUGGCCCCGAUGCAAGUUUUAGAGUAUGGAGAUGCUGUGGCUAAAUUUAACUUUAACGGGGAUACUCGAGUGGAAAUGUCAUUCAGAAAGGGCGAAAGGAUCACGGUGAUUCGGCGAGUUGAUGAGAACUGGUACGAAGGGAAAAUCUCUGGUACCAACCGCCAAGGCAUCUUCCCUGUCACUUACGUGGACGUGCUCAAGCGGCCACUAGUGAAGAAUGCUGUUGAUUACCCUGAGCUGCUGAUGUCUCACUCCCCUAAUCGCAGUACAACGGCUUCCCCGCAGUCUCCUGGCUCUGAGCUGCUCCAUACACCAACUCCUCCACCUUUGCCUUUCCCACGCCAUGCCCUGUCUCCAGAGGUGCAGGCGAUCACGGCCGAGUGGAUUUCCCUGACUGUGGGAGUGUCUCCUAGCAGUACUCCUGUCAUAACCCCUCCAUUGCCUCCUCUCCCCGAAGGCUGUCUCUGUCCCAUCGACUAUCUCACGCCCUCAGCUGCAGCCAGCCCCUCCCCCUCUGUUAGCCUUCACCAUUCUAACCUUUCGGGCUCCUCCACGCCACGGUCCAUUAUAUCGCCACUGCCAUCUUUCCCCUCCAGGCCACUGUCCUCUGCUCACACUUUCAGUCACACCACUCCGCAAAGCGAAGAAAAGUUUGUUGGCUGCCCUUCCCCCAACCUGAGCAGCUGUCAGACCCCUCACUCGGUUGUUGGGAGACCCGAGAACUUCCUCUCCGAGCUCAGUGAUGUCAUUGGCAACCAAACCAAGGUCCAAAAUAAUAGAGAAGGCAGCAGAAACAGUGAGAGAGAGAGUUGGAAGGAGACAGACAAAGGCUUUAAUCCCAUGCCCGAGAUCUCUGUGGAGGGUUGCUUGAAAACAUCAAAUCUAGACAAGAAUAUGAGCCCAGAAAAGAGACCCUUUGCUUCCUUUGGGGAAAGCCAAUUAUGUCAGGAGCUAAUCACUACUGGGCAGGGAAAUAAUGCUGAGAAAAGAGGCACAAGGAAAGGUGAACUGAGAGAGAGUCGAAGCGGAGCAAACAAGACUGCAGACACUUCAUUCUCUUCAUCUGCUCUUCUCUCUUCCUCUGCACUUUCUUCCUCUGCUGUCACAAUACAACCACCUCCUAGACUUACACGCAGGGUCAGAAUGCCCCAGCCUUCUCACCAUUCACUGAGAGCAGGACCAGAUCUCACAGAGUCUGAAAAGAGCUAUGUGGAAGCAGUUUGCAAUGAGAUCAUAAACAUUGCAGAAAAGUCUGUUCAUUACUGCAGUGCUAUUUCUCAACCUCUUGACUCUCGCCACACGGUGGCCUCUAAUGACAAUAAACCAUCUCUAAUCAUUUCUCAGCAACCUCAAGCACAUCAACAAGGAGCCAGCCCUGACAGGAGUCAAACACCAGGAGACAUACUUAGCUACCAAGCCCUGUACAGCUAUAUUCCCCAGAACGACGAUGAGCUGGAGCUAAGAGACGGAGAUAUUGUAGAUGUCAUGGAGAAAUGCGAUGAUGGCUGGUUUGUGGGUAUGUCUCGGAGAACAAGACAGUUUGGCACUUUCCCAGGCAACUAUGUGAAACUGCUGUACCUCUAA